AUGGAGAAGCACGUUCAGAGACUCCUCAAUCGAAUCUCUAUCGCCGCCGUAAUCGUCGCCACGCUGCUGCUCCUCCUUCUUUCAAUCCAAACACCGCGGACCUGCUUCGAUCCGUCCGAUCCGAACCCGAAGCCGCACAUGCGAUUCCCCAAAUCGACCUGCGAUUUCAAACCCCGCGCCUACACCACCGUCGAGAAGCGCAACCGCCGCAUCUGGUCCACCAAGGCCUGGGCCGUCGCCGUCGCCUCCUACGCCUCCUUCUUCGAAACCCUCCGAUCGCGAAACCACAUCGCGAACCACUCGCAUGUCCUGGUCGUCUCCGCCGGUCCGGGGCACGCGGUCCGCGCCCUCAGGGACGCCGGCGUGGAUGACGUGACGGGGGUGGAGCUGGUGGAGUCGCCGCCGCUGGUGAGCCGCGCGGAUCCGCACAAUCUGCCGUUUUUCGAUGGGAUUUUCGAUCUAGGGUUUGGCGCGUAUCUGGAUCUGGCUCUCUUCCCGGCUAGGUACGUGGCGCAGAUUGAGCGGACGGUUAGGCGCGGCGGCGUCUGCGUGGUGGCCGUGGCGGAGUGCGGCGCGGAGGAGGUGGCGGAGAUUGUGAAAUUGUUCCGGAAAUCGCGGUUCAUCGAUGCCGAGAGCGUGGUUUUGGCCGGGGAGGGGAGGACUAGAAUCGUUAUGGAAGUUGAGAGUUAG